AAAUGAAAUAAGUGUCGAGUUGGCGAAUGUUGUCGUUCUUCUGCAAUUUCCCCAUUUGAAGCUUUUCUCAUUCUUGGAAACGCAGAAACGACAAUGGCGCUAUCCAAAGGCUCUGAAACGGCAAAACCCAAACCGGUUAUACCAUGGAAGGCGCGCAUUUCAAUAACCUUUAUUUCUACGAUUACCGACGCUGCGCGUCGCUCUAACGGCACCAUUAAUCGCCGUCUAACGAACCUUCUCGAUCUCAAGGCACACGCCAGCUCCUCACCCGUUAAUGGUGUUACCUCUAAAGAUGUCACCAUUGACGCCGAAAACAAACUCUGGUUCCGAGUAUUCGCCCCCGCAGUCUCCCCCGCCGCCGGCACCCUCCCCGUCGUCGUCUACUUCCAUGGGGGUGGCUUCGCGUUCCUCUCGCCGGACUCCCUCGGCUACGACGCCGUCUGUCGCCGAAUAUGCCGCCACGUCCCCGCCGUCGUUGUUUCUGUCAACUACCGCCUCACACCGGAGCACCGGUACCCGUCACAGUACGACGACGGUGAGCUCUUCCUCCACUUCCUCGACGAGAAUCGCAUGGUACUGCCGGAAAACGCUGAUGUGUCAAAAUGUUUCCUUGCCGGCGACAGCGCCGGGGCUAACUUAGCUCACAACGUCGCAGUUCGGGUCGGGAAGAUGGGAAUCCGGGAAAACGAGGUUGGGAAUUCAGGGCUUCGGAGAAUCCGGAUCGUCGGGUUGGUGGCGAUCCAACCUUUUUUCGGUGGGGAGGAGCGGACGGAGGCUGAGGUGAGGUUUGAAGGUGCGCCGCUGGUGUCAAAGGAGAGGACCGAUUGGACGUGGAAGGCGUUUUUGCCUGACGGGUCGGAUCGUGACCACAGAGCAUGCAACGUGAGUGGGCCGAAUUCGGAGGAUUUGUCGGGUUUGGAUUACCCGGAUACCGUUGUUGUUGUGGGUGGGUUUGAUCCUUUACAAGAUUGGCAAAGGAGGUUUUACGAGUGGUUAACAAAAUCGGGUAAAAAGGCCCAAUUGGUUGAGUAUCCAAAGAUGUUUCAUGCUUUUUAUAUAUUUCCUGAUUUGCCCGAGUCUUCUCAAAUGAUCACACAAAUAAAGGAUUUCAUGAAUAAGAAACUCGCUGAAUAGAAUUGAUUAAUGUUGUUAUUCAUUUG